CGGCGGGCUGGAAGGCCGCAGGCGGGGGGAUGGGCGCGUGUGCGCGGGCGGCGCGUGAACUUGCCCGGAGUAAGCGGCCUGGAGAGCGGCGCGCUUCGGCUCUUCCCCGGGGAGGUCGGCGCGCGGCUGGACCUCCGCGGCGUCAGGCAGGCCGCGCUUUUGUGCCUCGGUGCUCCGGGGCCAGCAGCGGAAGCUCUGCCCUUCCGGCGUGGGCACCGCGGGCUCGGGGCGGCGAUGUGAGGCGUGGGCGCUGUGCACCCGCCGGGGGUGACUGAGGGCUCCCGGGGAAGGGGUCGGGCCGGACGCCGUCCUCCCCAGCGGCGCUCCCUGGAAAGGCCGCUUCGGAACGGCCCCUGCGCGCGCCCUGCAGAACCCCGUGGGCUGCAGCUGACCGCCUCCUGCACGUCCACCGCAGAGACCAGAGCUUGCAACCUGAUAAGCGGAAGCCCUUUGGACAGAUGCCUACCUGGCCCCUGGGGGCGACAGUCCCGAGGACUUAGGGGAUCAGAGUUGUAUUGCUCCCCUUUACCUUGCUAGUGUGCCUGCUGCCAUGUCUCACCUUAACCGAGAAAUGCCGUUUUGGGGGCCGAAGUGUGACUGUAUCUGAGUGCAGAGCUCACCAUUCACAAAUAAGGCCAGCUGCCUCGGCAGAGAGGACCGUUUCUCCGUAGGUACAGAAUGAGCACAUGCUGUUGGUGUACGCCAGGUGGUGGUUCCACCAUUGAUGUCCUAAAGUGCUAUGCAUCCAAUACCCGUCCGAGUGAGCUUCAGACAGCUGAUGAAGACCUCUGCUACUGCUUGGAGUGUGUGGCCGAGUACCACAAAGCAAGAGAUGAAGUGCCAUCCUUACAUGAGAUUUUAUGGGAGUUAGAAACGUUACGCCUCAUAAAUCACUUUGAGAGAUCCAUGAGGGCAGAAGUUGAAGAUGAUGAGCUGUAUAUUGUGGACAACAAUGGAGAGGCACAGCUGUUUGACCCUAGUGGCCUAGACUUUGAAAAUAAGCUUCGAGUUCCUCUUCUCGAAAUACUGAAGUAUCCUUACUUGCUUCUACAUGAGCGUGUCCAUGAGUUAUGUGUGGAAGCACUUUGCCGGAUGGAGCAGGCCAGUUGCUCCUUUCAGGUGUUUGACAAGCAUCCUGGAAUCUACUUGUUUUUGGUUCAUCCCAAUGAAAUGGUUCGACGAUGGGCUAUCCUGACUGCAAGAAACUUGGGAAAAGUGGACAGAGAUGAUUAUUACGACUUACAGGAGGUUUUAACUUGCCUUUUUAAAGUCAUUGAGUUGGGGCUUUUAGAAAAUCCAGACAUUCAUACAUCUUCUGUGCUUGAAAAGGGUAAACUGAUUCUUCUGCCUUCACACAUGUAUGAUACUAUCAACUACAAAAACUAUUGGUUAGGUAUUUGCAUGUUGCUGACUAUUCUUGAGGAACAAGCCAUGGAUUCACUGUUGUUGGGCUCAGGCAAACAAAACGAUUUUAUGCAAUCAAUCCUUCACACAAUGGAGAAGCAAUCAAAUGAUGAUAGCCUGGAUCCUUUCUGGCCAGCAUUACACUGUUUCAUGGUGAUUCUGGAUCGCCUUGGAUCUAAGGUGUGGGGUCAACUUAUAGACCCUAUUGAAGCAUUUCAGACCAUUAUCAACAACAUGAGCUACAACAGAGAGAUUCAAAAUAUACGGAACAACUCUAUACGGACCAAAUUAGAACCGGAGCCAGAGUUUGAGGAUAUGGUGACUUGCAGCCAGAUAGUAUAUAAUUAUAAUCCUGAAAAGACCAAAAAGGACUCAGGCUGGAGAUCAGCCAUCUGCCCAGAUUAUUGUCCGAACAUGUAUGAAGAGAUGGAAACUCUAGCCAGUGUGCUUCAGUCAGACAUUGGCCAAGAUAUGCGCGUUCACAACAGCACCUUUCUGUGGUUCAUCCCUUUUGUUCAGUCCCUCAUGGAGCUUCAGGACUUAGGUGUGGCCUACAUAGUGGAGGUUAUUCAUCAUCUGCACUCUGAAGUCAGAGAUGUCCUCAACCAGACAGAUGCUGUGUGUGACAAAGUCACUGAAUGUUUUAUUCUGAUUCUGGUGUCUGUGAUUGAACUGCAUAGAAAUAAAAAAUGUCUGCAUUUGCUGUGGAUCAGCUCCCAGCAGUGGGUAGAAGCUGUUGUAAAGUGCGCCAAGCUGCCGACCACUGCCUUCGUGCGGAGCUCAGAGAAAUCAUCUGGAAGUAUCUCCAAAGGAGUGCCAGUGAUAUCGUCACUGUCGCUGCAUUCAAUGCCGUCCAACUCUGUUCAGUUGGCUUGCGUGCAGCUCAUUAGGGGUCUCCUCAAAGAAGGCUAUCAGCUUGGUCAGCAGAGUCUUUGUAAGCGAUUCUGGGAUAAGCUUAACUUAUUCCUUCGAGGAAAUUUAUCUCUGGGUUGGCAGUUGACGAAUCAAGAAACCCAUGAGUUACAAAUGUGUUUAAAACAAAUAAUUAGAAACAUAAAAUUCAAAGUACCUCAGUGUGGCACUUUUGGGGAUCUGACAUUUAAAGCUCCUCUACCUUUGAAAGUAGAAAGUGAACAGACAGACAAGCCCAAAAAAGACAGUCACCAUCUGGAAGAUCGUAGCGCAACUCUUUUUACAGAGCCAGUGAAACCUGACUCCUGUCAGGUAUUGAUGAAGGCAGGUAACCCACAAGACAAGGAUGGCGAGCAGAUGUGUACCGAGCAUGUGAACGUAGAAGACCGUCCUCCAGCUGAGGCGUGUCUAAAGCAGAAGAGCACAGGCCUUAUGUUGGGAAGAGCUCAAGAUGAGAUGCUAGUAAGCACAGCGCAGCCUGCCGAAGACCACUCUUCCUGUGUGCUCAGGAACAGCUGCGCAGGAAGUGGCCCAGAAACAGGAUAUGGCAGAGGAAUAGUAGUAUCGACACAUUCACUGACUGGUUCUAGCACUGAUUCUCUGGAAGAAGUGUCUACAUCAAAUGAAGAGUCCUCAUUAAAAGGUUACACUGUUGGCAAAACCUCAAAACCAAAAUCUAAAGCCCAGAAAGAUGAAAUUUGUGCCAAGUUAUCGUAUGUCUUAAGGAAGCAACAUAGGAAAAGUACUGUGGUCAGUAACACCAUCAAUGUAGAGGAAACAACACCUGCGUCUGAGAAUUCCUCUUCAGGAAAAGGUGGGGCAGCUCACAAGGAGGAUGCUCUCUCAUGUGGCCUGUCUGUAGACUCCUGUGGAGUUCUGGGUUGUGAGUAUGGAGAGGAGACAUCUCAAAACAGUGCAGUGCUCAAAAAGACACAAGUAAACCGUGAGGAGCCACCUAAGUUUUCUUGUGGUGAAAGCAAGAGUCAAGUACAGGAGCACCAUGUUAGUGACAAUAACUUGAUACCACUUACAGAGACAGCUGGUACAUUGGCAAAGGAAACGUCUCCCUUUAAAGCUCCCGUAAAGGCUGCACUUAAAUCAAGACAGGAGGAAAUGAGUAAGUCUACAGAUCUGAGUUCUAACUUGAUCAAAGGACGGGUGCGUGGUGUCACUUGUAGUUCGGCUGUCAUAGCAGAUACUUGUGUAGACAGAGAACUUGCCGAAUUAUGUGUAACAACUCAAGCCACUGUUAUAAAAUGUCCAUCAGAUUCAAAUAAAAAAAGCUCAUCCCAGCUACAAAGAAGAGAUGGUAAAAGAUGGCUGACAGCUCACCAAAGUAACGUUGGCACUUGCCAUGAGCAAGUUAUUAUUAUUUCAGACUCUGAUGAUGAUGAUGAUGAUGAUGAUAAUGAUAAAAGAGUUCUUGGUUUUGAGAAACACACUGAAGAGGUUAAAGUUCACACUGAGAAAGAAUGUCCAGAGCAGCCUGGUUCAGUAGCUGAUACCAGUGUGGAACAGAAGCGUGUAAAGGAAGAGAAAACAAAGUGCCCUCUGCAAUUUGAGGACUCCGAUUCUCAGUGCUUUGAGUUUGAAAGUGUAUCUGAAGUGUAUUCAGUUUGGGAGGAUCAUAAAGUAGACAGCAAGAACUCGCUUCAAGAGGAAAGAAAAAGUUCAUGUGUAACUCACAUAGCUGAUAGCACAAACAGUAAUUUGGGUCAUGGAGUGGACUUUGUCUCAGAAGAAGUUGUUAGAAACGAAGCAGCGGGCGUUGAAAGGCACGCAGAACCACACAGCAGUGUUCCUGUUGAAGAAUUUUGUAAAACUGAAGUGAAAAGAUCUAAGAGAAAACGAUACAACAAACUUAGGGACGAAGAUGCUCAGUGGCCUUCAUCCUCCAUCAGAAACGAGCUGUCUGAUGAUGAUAGCGGUCUCGCUGGAAACGUUUUAGGAUGCACAGACACAGGGACAGUGGUCCCCAGUUCAAGUGUUCAGAGAGAUUCUGCUGCGCCCCCAAAGAAGUCUCCAAAGCCUCAUACUUACUCCAAACCUGUUAGAAAAGUCACUGUUUCUAAAACUAGUAAGAAAACACAUUCAGAUACCAAAAAAGGACAGACUAAAAAUUCACGUUACAUAAGCUGUAGAACCACUCCUGCUAUUGUGCCACCAAAGAAAUUUCGCCAGUGUCCAGAGCCAUCUUCAACGGUUGAAAAACUUGGUCUGAAAAAAGCCCCUCGGAAGGCGUUUGAGUUGUCCCAGCGGUCUUUAGACUGCAUAGUCCAGUUACGUGAUCACGGCAAAACUGUUGGAAAAGUUAAGGCCCCCAAAAAGGCUAAAUUAAUUUCUCGUCAGACUCUUUCUGUCAAAAAUAAGAAGCUGCUGACAAGUCAGGAUCGUCAGUUUCAAAGCAUGAUGAGAUUCAAAUCCCACCAAAGCAGACGAGAACGUGAUUUCAGAAGUACAGGUGCAAGAGUAGGGCCACGCACAACACAGCGUGCUGACGUGCUUGUGCCGGGAUCUGAUGCUCCAGGUAAUCAAAGAGGAAGUGAAGUGCUUGCCACCAGUAACAAAAAGCAAUUAAUAAGAUGUAUGCCUUCUGAACCAGAGUCGGCAAUAGCAAAAUGCGUUCCUCAGGGGACUGCCGAAGCUGCUUCUGGGAACCAGUGUGAGUCUAGAGUGUUAGGUGGAUCAACAGAUGAAAUGCUUAUCUCUACCUCGGAGGAUCCUGGAAGUGGAAGUGAGCAUCGUGGAGAGGGGCUGGCUGUAAGGGAAGUGGAGCCCAAGUACGAUAGCGAUUCAGAGGAUGAGAGCUUAUUUUUAACACAACAUGAACCUGAAGAUAUGGACUUAUGUUCACAAAUGGAGACUAGCAAAUCCUUUGAAGUGGGUCAUGGAAAAGAUCCAGUUCAGAUGAGAGAGUUUGUAAGUCAGCCUCAGUUGGAGCCUGAGAGUCACAUGAAAUGUAAGUACAAAGACUGUGUUGAAACCGCAAAGAACCAGAGUGGCUACUGCACACGACACUCUGAUACUAAAGCAGCAGAUGAAAGUGUGUUCCGCACACCUGGUUUGCCUCCGUCUGUGGCCAAGCCUCUGAGACCCACCACGACCAAGAUUUUUAGCUCAAGUGCUUCACGAACUGCCAAUCUUUCCAAGUCUUUGGAAAGUACUUUACUGAAAAAUAAGUCAAGUGGGACUCAGCCCAAUUUGAAAGUGACACCACCACCUUCCCUGGUAUCCCAGAAGCCAGUGCCCGAAAUAAGAAGUUUAUGCAAUAUUUUUCAGUUUCACACCCAAAACAACUCCAGCACACAAGAUUACAAGCUUCCGUUCUCUGAAAGCACAUCUUUAGCAGCUUCCUCGACAGUGAACGUUCUCGUGCCCUCACAGUCAAUUUUUGACACCUUCAUUAAAGAGGUCUUAAAAUGGAAAUAUCAGAUGUUUGUGAACUUUGAUAAAUGUGGGGCCCCAGCAAGUCUGUGUCAGUCCAUCUCAAGACCCGUGCCGGUCAGAUUUCAGACUUGCGGAGAUUAUUUUAAUGUUUUUCUCCCUUUGAUUAUACUGAAUGCUUUUGAGACUGUGGCACAGGAAUGGUUCAACUCGCCAAGUAAAGAGAAUUUCUAUCAGUUGCAUUUACGAAAAUUUCCAGCCGAAUAUAAAAAAUACUGGGAGUUUACAAUCCAUCUGGAGGAAUCUGAACUAGCGAAACAGCUUCAUCCAAAGGAAAAUGAUUUGGUGUUUUUGGUUCAUGACAGAGUGAAUGGAGAGAAGAAAAAUGGGAACAGAAACUGUGUGCAGGAUAAUGAAUAUUACUGUGGUUAUGUUCACAAAUUCCGCCGCACUUCCACCAUGCGUAAUGGGAAAGCUGAGUGCUCCCUUUCGAUACAGACUCAAGAUAACUUGCCAGCUAAGUUAAAUGAAUUUGUAAAAUGUAUUGUAAUCAGUUCUCUGGUAACCACACAAAGGAAAUUAAAAGCCAUGUCUCUGUUGAGUGGUCGGAACCAAUUGGCUAGAGCUGUUCUCAAUCCAAACCCCACGGACUUCUGUACCAAAGAUUUACUAACUCCAACAUCUGAAAGAAUUAUUACCUAUCUAAAAGAUUUUAAUGACGACCAAAAGAAAGCAAUAGAAACUGCGUUUGCCAUGGUGAGGCAGUCACCAUCAGUUGCCAAAAUCUGUCUGAUUCAUGGACCACCUGGAACAGGAAAAUCAAAAACUAUCGUUGGCCUCUUGUAUCGCUUACUGACAGAGAGUCAGAGGAAAGGCCGUUCUGAUGAAAACUUCAAUGCCAAAAUCAAACGAAACCGUGUCCUCGUGUGUGCACCUUCCAAUGCAGCUGUUGAUGAACUUAUGAAAAAAAUUAUCCUAGAAUUCAAAGAAAAAUGUAAAGACAAGAAGAAUCCUCUGGGAAAUUGUGGAGAUAUAAAUUUAGUACGACUGGGUCCUGAAAAGUCUAUUAAUAGUGAGGUACUAAGAUUCAGUUUGGAUAGUCAAGUUAACCACAGAAUGAAAAAAGACUUGCCUUCUCAUGUUCAAGAAAUGCAUAGAAGAAAAGAGUUUCUAGAUCGCCAACUCGAUGAGCUUUCCCGCCAGCGAGCUUUAUGCCGAGGUGGGAGGGAAAUACAGAAGCAAGAAUUAGAUGAAAACAUUGUCAGAGUUUCAAAAGAAAGGCAAGAACUUGCUUCAAAAAUCAAAGAGGUUCAGGGACGCCCACAGAAAACACAGAACACCAUCAUCUUGGAGUCCCAUGUCAUCUGCUGCACAUUGAGCACAAGUGGAGGCUUGCUGCUUGAGUCUGCCUUUCGAGGGCAAGGGGGUGUCCCCUUCAGUUGUGUCAUUGUGGAUGAGGCUGGGCAGUCUUGUGAAGUUGAGACUCUUUCUCCACUCAUCCACCGCUGCAACAAACUUGUCCUAGUAGGAGACCCUAAGCAACUCCCUCCCACAGUGAUUUCUAUGAAAGCACAGGAGUACGGCUAUGACCAGUCAAUGAUGGCUCGCUUCUGCAAGCUGCUGGAGGACAAUGUGGAGCAGCACCUGAUUGGUAGACUGCCAGUCCUGCAGCUCACUGUCCAGUACAGGAUGCAUCCGGACAUUUGUCUCUUCCCUUCUUACUACGUUUACAACAAAAACUUGAAGACAAACAGAUUGACUGAAACCAUUCGAUGUUCAUCAGACUGGCCAUUUCAGCCUUACCUGGUGUUUGAUGUGGGAGACGGUUCAGAGCAGCGGGACAAUGACUCAUAUGUGAAUGUUCAAGAAAUAAAGUUGGUGAUGGAAAUAAUUAAGCUUAUUAAAGAAAAAAGAAAAGAUAUUUCCUUUCGAAACAUUGGCAUAAUAACCCAUUACAAGGCUCAGAAGACGAAGAUUCUGAAGGAUUUGGAGAAAGAAUUUAAUAAGAAAGGACCUGCAGAAGUAGAUACAGUGGAUGCCUUCCAGGGUCGACAGAAGGACUGCAUCAUCGUUACAUGUGUCAGAGCGAGUGCCGUGCAAGGCUCAAUUGGGUUCCUGGCAAGUUUGCAGAGACUGAAUGUCACCAUUACACGAGCCAAGUAUAGCCUCUUCAUCCUUGGGCACUUGAGAACUCUAAUGGAAAACCACCAUUGGAACGAGCUGAUUCAGAAUGCUCAGAAACGUGGGGCAAUUGUUAAGACCUGCACCAGAAACUAUAAACAUGAUGCCAUGAAGAUUCUGAAACUCAAGCCUGUGCUACAGAGGAGUUUGACCCACCCCCCAGCCACAGCUCCAGAGGCGCCCAGACCCCAGGGUGGCUUGCCCAGCAGCAAGCUGGACAGUGGACAUGCUACUAUGUCUUUUGCUGCUUCUCUGUGCCACACACCCUCUGACUCUGCCACUGCAAAGGACCCUGAAAGACCGCCAGUCCGAGAUCCACGACUACUAAAGAGGUUGGAUGCUGAAGCCAAGGGAACAAGACUGAAGGAUCCACAGCCUGAGAGCCCCCAGGACCCUGGGGCAACCCAUCCCUUGGGAGACCCAGGCUUUCCUGUGGCUUUGCAGGACCUGGGCACUGCUGUGCCCCUGUCCACUGCUGUGCCACCAUCCAUUGCCAUCACUUCUCUGAGCAACCAGAGGCCUCCCCUGCAGGCUGAGCCUCCAGUUGUUAACCUUGCUACUUGCACAAGUAGGAGGAGACAUGGUGACUCAGACAGGGGUCACAGAAGAGAACACAGGGCUUUCAGUGAGGAGCAGCAGAGGCACAGCUCCAGGUCUCAUUACAUGCUGAGGAACUCUGACUGGAGGAGGAGGGGGCUGGGGCAGGAGGGAAGCAGUGCGAAGAAGAGAAGGUUUCUGUAGCCAAGCAGGGCGGGACCGCCAGCCACAGGCCAGCGGGGAGGACGCAGUAGGGUCGCGUUGGCCUGUUUUCCUGUAAAGAGUUGAGUUGAAAAACAGAAAACUUUAGUCCUGGCCCAUGUGCCAUCAUCUGUACUUUUUGCCAGUUGCAUACACUUUGAGAGAACAUUUGUGUACCUGGACAAUGUCCUCGAGGUCAGAAAUUCAAAAUGCUGGGAUCUCUUGUUCUGUAGAAAAGGAAGUUAGACUAGAGCAAGUGCUGUAAAGGUUGAAAUGUAUAUUUGUAUAGCAAAUAGCGAAAUCUUUUUAAAAUUUAAUCUGGUAGACUGCUUUUCUUUCUUCUGUAUAAAAUGUUAAUUGUUUUCCAACAGAACACAAACUUACUGUUUAAAAAGAAAAAGAGAGGACGGGUCCUUUGAACCAUGUGUGGCAGACUCGGCCUCAGUAAUUGGGAGUCAGCGAGUUAGUGCUAAUGGGUCAGCUGUCUCAGGCCAUAUAAAGAAAAACAGCUGGAGUCUCCUGGGAUGCUUUGGGAAGUAGCAUGUUGGGAAAUGUCCUGCUGAUGUGCACUUGGAGACAGGGCACUUCAGCAGAGGGAUUGAGCUGUGCCAGGCCCUUUUCCCAUCUUAGUGUGUACUUAGUUUUCCAGCUAGAUUUCUUUGGCUUCUUGAGAUGGAAGAAUAAUUCUUCAGUUGUCAUUCAGAUAUCCCCAACAUGUUGUGAGGCUUGUGUGGCCGCUGAGUUGUAGACAGACAUGAUUAUCAAAUACAAGAUUGGUGCUGGGCUGGCCAGUAUGAAUCACCUCAGGUUGCCUGUUAAGACCUUCGAGUCGCCAGGAGAAUAAAAGCCUUAAUACUUCCCAAGGGAUUCCAGUCACCAGGCAGGUUGGGAGCUGGAUGGAAGGCCAGGUAGACUACUUCCGGCAGGAGAGAAGCACCCUUGAAAAGAGGAAGAAGUGAGUUCAGCAUCAGGAACCCACACCUGUGGGCUUCGGGAGCCACCCAGCAGGUGAAGGUGCAGUGCUGUGCUGGGACACUAGGGGGCGCACCCGGCUUCCAUUCGAGCCUGGUGCUUGUGAAAGGAAAAGCAGGAGACUGAAGGCAGUCAGGACCUGGGAGGAAGGGCUGCCUGGUCGCAUACCUGCUUCCACACCUCCAGGAACAGACUUGUAUCCACAGCCUGUAAUGUAUGUAGAGUGGACAGUUGAAGUAAUAGGGUUUGCAGUGAAUACUAUACACAAGCCUAUUAGCUCAUCUGGGGCGGAAGGCAGAUCCCUGAAAACUAAUGUUCAUUCUGAAAUUUUUGUCAUUGUUUUCAAGCAAAAGGUUUUGUGUUAGAAUUUCUACUGAAGCAGGUUUAUUAAGAACUUUAAAAAACUGUGGUUGCCCAGUUUCAGCACUGAAUUGCAUUACCUAGUAGGUCUCUCUCCACUGGUACCCAGACAGGUAGCCUAAUGUCAGCUGAACACUGUCUCAUUGUGGCCUCAACUAAUCCCACUCUGUCUAGGGCACGGGCUUUGAAGCUAUCCCCAUGUGACUCUGACAAGAAACCUCAGCGCCACUUCCCUUUCUUGGUACUGUGGGAAAGUGCUCGUUUUUAGCAGACCAAGAGAGGUGACCACUUAGGUAACCCAAAAAGGGGGCUUCUGAGGGAGGCCUGGCAAAAACAGCUGAGGAUGGGACAUGGCCACUGUGCCCUUGUUACUAUGCGGAUUAAGAAAUAAGCCUAAAAUAGUUUCCCCAGAAUGCACCCUUGACUGCCACCCACUAAGCAGUGUUCUAGUAUGGUUUGACCCCUGUUCUAAUGCACCAAUCUGUUGACACAGUGCUCACCAUGUCAGAUCAUUUGAGAACUACAGCAUCCUGUGUUGUGUGGUGAGUGCUGAGAUUAGAACCCAGGGCCUUGAGCCCCUGCAUCACCCAUUCUAGCAAUCAAACCUUGUCUUACAACAGCCUCUCUCUGCAGAAUGUAGACGCAUUAUGUCAGUUGUAAAAGUAUUCGCAAAACACGCUUGGCCUGUGUACGGUGGCCUUUCCUGAAGCAGCUCUCGUGGUGGUGGUGAGUGGCAGUGAGUCAUGUCAAGAUGAAGAGCACUUCUGCUCUGUCCUGCUGUGGCAUUAAAGGAAAGCCCCCUGACUUCUUUCAAAAUUGGUUACUUUGAAAUGAAAAUGUUCUGUCUACUUAGCCCGUUUGGCUUCUCCGAUUUACUUUGACUCUACCACGAGGUUUGUUCAGUUUCACUUUGAUGAAUUUUCAGGAGCAAAUUUGAGCAAGUGCAUGUGAAUAACAUGUAAAAUGAGUUUUAUAGCCAAUGUACCAAACUUUUCUAAAAUGAGUUGUGCAAAUUGGAAAUUUUUCUGUAGCUUUUGAUUUAUAACUGGAUUUUGGUAAACAGUAACCCUGUUACUUUGUUAAAACUUAAAUUUUAAGAGAAAAUGCAGAAUUAAAAAUAGAACAAGAAGA